AUACUUCUGUAGACCAUUGAAAGUAGUGCCAUGAAGAAGUAUACGAUUAUAAAAAAAAAUAUAUUAUAAUUUAUAAUAUAAUGAAUUGAGUAUAAAUAUUCUUAAUUCUGCAAAUUUAUAAAAUGGUUAACAAAUGUUUAUCAAUAACAGUACUCAAGGCUAAUAGAGGAAGUUUCCCGCCAAGUUGGCAAAGAUGGCGGCGCUAUUCUGGCAGUUCCCGCCAAGAUCAAGACAUCUUGUAAGCAUUACAUGGCGCACCCCGUUCACCUCACAGUCUGAAGAGAAGUAUUGUGUUUGCUAGUGUUUAUUGUGAAUUUUAAUCGUGAAAAAUGUGUCAAUCCGAUGAUACUGAGGAUUCUACAUACAGCAAGCAUCAAGAUUUGUGUCAAAAAUUGAAUAUGGAUGCUAGUGCAGCAUCAGAAGCAUGGAAAUCUUAUUCAACUAUUCGACAAAAUUAUACCCUGGAGGGAGAUCAAAUGCAUUGGAUAGGAUGUGCUGUGUACGUAGCAUGUCGAGAAUCAUCAACACCAACAGUAGGCAGGACUGGAUCUAAUGUAGAAGGCAACUGUGUGUCGUUAACUCGCUUGUUGAAACUCUGUAAUCUUUCAUUAAUACAAUUUUUCCACAAAUGUAAAUUUUGGGCUGAUAUGGCUAAUAUGCCCCAAGAUUUUCGUUCAAAAAUUGAUAAAUUAGAACGUAAUUUUAAUGUUUCAAUGGUAAUCUUCAAAAAAUACCAGCCAAUUUUUACGGACAUUUUUAAAAGCCCUACUGAAGAUAUAAUACGUCCUCAAAGAUCACGAAGACAUAAAGCAGUUCCAUGCACACCUUCAAAAGUAUUUGAAUUUUGCUGGACACUUUUUAUUUGUGUUAAAAGCGCUUUUUCUGAUAUCUCUGAUGAUCUUGUUAAUUCUUAUCAUCUCUUAAUAGUUUGCUGUGAUUUAGUUUAUGCCAAUGCAUUGGUUGCUAACAGAAAAGACUUAUUAAAUCCAAAAUUCCCAGGUCUACCUGCCAAUUUUAAUAGUGAAAAUUAUGAACCUCCGAAAACUGCUGAAUGCAUUGUAGGGCUAUUAUGUGAUCGUCAUGAAGCUGUUGCUCUUGAAGCAUUAGUCAUAAAGCAAUGGUCUUUAAGGAAUCACCUUAAUAAACUUUUUAAUGAUAAAAUUCUUCGUGGAGAGCAAUCAACUUUUACCGGAAUUCUUGAAGCUUUAAAUUUUGAUGGCAAUCAUAAAGCUUUAAAUAAAAUAUAUGAACAACAUGUACUCAGUGUUGGAGAUUUUGACGAAAGAAUUUUUCUGAGUACAGAUGCAAGUGACAAUAUUGGUUCACCAAGAAUAUUGAAUACCGGAGAUGUACAAGAACAAUUUCAUUUGAAAAGAGAUCAAAUACGUCAUUUAGAACCUUUAACUCCUUUAACUGGUCGCAAAUAUCUUAAAACUAAAGAUUUACCUAAUAUAACACCAGUUGCAACUGCAACACAAAGUGUCACUCGACUUCAAGCUCUUGUUACAGGACGAAAUGCCGCACCGAGUGAAGUUUUGCUUGAUAUGUAUAAAAAUUGUUCAAAAGAUGUUAAAACUUUUGUCGAAAGUAAAGUCUCUGAUGUCAGUGACCGUUUUUAUUUGUCUUAUACACAAAAUUCAGAUACAGAAAAUCAUGAAACAGCUAAUUUAGACUUUGGAAAAAAAAGACUUGUUCUUGCGCAAACAUUGUUUUAUAAAAUUUUGGAGAUUAUUUUAAUUGAAGAAAAAAAAAUCAAACCAGAUUAUGAUAUAACAAAUCUACUUCUACAUGAAGUUUUCGUUCAAUGCCUUUUAGCAUGCUGUCUUGAAAUUGUGAUAUGGACUUAUAAAAAUAAAGACCGUACAUAUCCAUGGAUUAUAAAUGCCUUAGAUAUUGAGCCUUAUUAUUUUUACAAAGUAAUCGAAGUGAUUGUCCGUGCGGAGCAACUGCCAAGAGAUAUAGUAAAGCAUAUGAAUAAUAUAGAAGAAAAAAUUCUUGAAGCACAAGCGUGGAGAUCAAAUAGUCCCUUAUGGCAGGCUAUUGAAAGUACCCCUGGAGGUGUUCCAAGUUGUGAGGAAGUAUCUCUUCCGGGAAUGCUAGAUUCUGUGGAUCCUAACACACCAGGUCAACCAGUAUUGCGAAGAAUUGCUUUAGACAGAGGUACUAUACACCAUGACAUAGAACAAAGUCCAAUUUCUUCAGCUUCUGAAAGAUUUCAAUCACCUGGAGCAGCAACUGGAAUAGUUAAGAAACGACUGUUUAAUGAUACGACAAGGACUGGUGGCCAAAGCCUUCUUAAAGAUAAAUGCUCAUCGAGAGUUGUUACUGAUAGCAACAAUGCAUCAUCAUCAACAUCAGAUCAACCAAGGAUAAUUAAUGCACAAGUUAUUGGUAUCAAUCGAGAACAGACUAGGUCCAGAAAAACUGGAUCUCUAGCUCUCUUUUUUAGAAAAUUUUAUACUCUUGCAUCAUGUCGUAUGCAGAAUUUGUGCAAUGAAUUAUCUGUUAUCGAAACAGAUCUUAAGAAAAAAAUAUGGACGAUCUUUGAAUAUUCAAUAAAAGAUCGUACUGAAUUAAUGAAAGACAGACAUUUAGAUCAAAUUUUAAUGUGUGCUGUUUAUGUUGUUUGUAAACUUGCUAAAAUUGAACGUAACACAUUUACUGAAAUAAUGCGUUGCUAUAGAUUUCAGCCACAAGCUGAAUCACAUAUUUAUCGAUCUGUUCUUAUUUCUAAAAAUGCACUUCAUGAUAAAAAUAAUGGUAUAAAUGAGUCAAAAGGAGAAGCAGAAACAGCUAUGGAGGUUGAAGAAAAUAAUGCGGCUCCACCAACUCCCUCAAAUAUGGCAGGAACUUCUCGGAGUUUCGGUGAUGAAAUUCGUGGAGAUCUCAUUAAAUUUUAUAACACUAUUUAUGUGCCUCAAGUUAAAGAAGUUACGAAUUUAUUUCGGAGUAAUAAUUCUACUCUUACGCUUAGUCCCCUGCCAAAAAAUAAAUCUUUAAUGAAUUCACCUGUCAGGCAUGUUAGUCAUAGUGUCUUGACAAGGUCGCUUGAUCCUAAAGCUAUAACUGCAUUCACAGCACCUCAACUUAGCUAUUGUUUUAGUCGUAGCCCUGCUAAGGCUUUGGAAGCUAUUAAUAGAAUGAUGAUCUCUGCUGAAACAAGAAAAUCUGUGGGUAAACGAUUAUUGUCCGAUGAAAUGGAUGUCGAUACAUCAACCGAAGGUCCAUCUCCUAAAAAGACUAUAUCAACUUCUUCUUGUUUAACACGAAAAAUUGAAAAUCUUAUCGGUGAACGAAGAACACAAAAUCAAUGAAUAUAAUUAGAGGCAAUGAUAAAAAAUUUAACGAAUCGUCUGUUAUUAGAAAUUAAAUAUGAUUCAUUAAAAUAUUUUAUAUGCUAUAUUCAGAUUUUUUAUAUG